AAAGCAUUGACGCAGCAGGUCGGCGUCUUCUUCACACCGAACGUUCUACGGCUGGUCGCUAUCGCACAGCAAACUAAUGCAAAAUCGCUCGGAGUUGGGUAUUUAUAUUUAAUUUCUGGAGUCGUAUUUUAUUAAUAAUCAUUGUUAAAUUGCAGCAAGCUCAUUUGUUAGCCCACAACUGCUGGGCAACAUUUUGCUGCACAUUUCCCUGAAAGUUGCACAGGAGGAUCCAUGGCGGUGUUGAGUGGGCUGUCAAGCGACCGAAUAUAAUAAGCCCACCGUGGAUCUAGGGUUAUGUUGGGUGGAACUUUUAAGCUUAACAAGAUCAAGUGUACAGAACAGUGAAAACGUUUAGUGGACACUGUGAAGGCUUACUAAAAUACUCAGGAUGUUCACAAAGGAAGAAGCCACUGAAUUCAUCGAGGACACACUAGAGAUAAAAGAUCCACUGAAACAGUUUGAUGUAAACAGACUGGUGUUGCUGAACAACAUAAUAAGAGCUAUUCAGAACAAUAUUCCUUUUCAAAAUAUUACACUGUUGUGUCUACAGAAAAAUGAUCGAAGAGCACCAACAAUGGAAGAGAUAAAACGUGAUGGUCUAUCACUUGUUGGUGGUAUUUGCUCUGUGAAUAAUGUAUUUGUGAAGUGUUUGUUAGAGACUAUUGGUUUCAAUAUUGAUUAUGUAUCGGCAACUGUAACUCAUCCUGACAACCAUUUUCUGUGCAUUGCAAGCAAUGUAAUGCACCAAGGAGAUAAAUACAUGGUAGAAGUGGGAUGCGGUUAUCCAACAUUUGAAGCCAUUCCUUUGGAUUUUGAAGAAGAAUCGUCAAUAUAUAAAUUCUCAUUUAUGCAAUUUAAGCUUGUUAGAAAUCAUGGGAUUAUAGAAAGGCAACAUUUUCGGCACUCAGAAACCCACUUAAGAUUAGGCAAUGACCCUGUCCAUAAGAAUUUAUCAGGGCAGUGGGUGAGGUUUUAUGAUUUCAAAGUCACUCCUGUCGAAUAUUGUCACUUUGAUUCUCCCAUGCAUCAAGUUUACACAGUUCCUGGUGCAAGCCCAUUUCUGCUUAGUCUUAGAUUGGUUGUAUUUAACGAUGAGCGGUGCUCUGUGGUAAGGGACAACCUCCACUUGCAAGAGGGUGAUGACAACAAAUUGCACGUAGUUGAACGUUUGGAAUCAAAGGAAACUAUGAUAGCCUGCAUCUCCAAAAUCUGUCCCCAACUUCCAGAGUUAGAUAUAAAGUGUGCGGUUGAAAUGUGGGAAACUGAAAUUAAACCAACACUUGAAAAAUAAUAAUUUUUGGUUAGAACAUGUGUAUUCAAUAAAUAUUGGAUUGUAUCAUU